GCCCCGCCCCCGCCCCGCCCCCUGUCGGCGCAGCAUAAAAACGCUGGUUCCCGGCUUCUCUGCGAAACCAAACUUCCCGCGCCGGCGGCUCCGGUCCCAGGGCCCGACCUGCGCACCCCUCAGGCCGGGACUCUGGCUCAACACCUGUGACUUCACGUGUGCAUCCCGCCACAUCUGUACUCACACCCACUGCCACCUUUGCCAAGAAAUCCACACCUGGCAACGUCGUGGCUGUAAGCCCUCAACUCGCAUCUGUGACCCCAACGCCUGUAACAACUGGGCCACACUGUGACACCUGGCUGCGCUUCUGUGGCGGCCCCAGAGCUACUCCCACCCGGACCGUGGGACCAGCUGACUACCAUGGCCGCAGACCCUGAGAGGGGGGCCCCGCGCGUGCUCUUUGCUGAUUGGCUUCUUGGUGAGGUCAGCAGCGGCCGCUAUGAAGGGCUGCGGUGGCUGGACACAGCCCGCACGUUCUUCCGCGUGCCCUGGAAGCACUUUGCGCGCAAGGACCUGGGCGAGGCAGAUUCUCGUAUCUUCAAGGCCUGGGCCGUGGCCCGUGGCAGGUGGCCGCCCAGCAGAGGAGCAGGAGACCCUCCAGCUGCUGCCGAGGGCCCGCUCCGGGCCAGCUGGAAAACCAACUUCCGCUGUGCCCUGGACAGCACGAAGCGUUUCGUGAUGCUGCAAGACAACUCGGGAGACCCCACCGACCCGCACAAGGUGUUUGCCCUCCGAUCCGCCCAGGGCCGAAGAGAAGGUCCAGACACCAACCAGAGGGAGGACAAGGCCCUUGAAGAUGCCCCAUCCAGGAGGGAUGGGCUGCCUGGGCCGUGCCUGGCAGGAGGUGCCACUGAGAGUCUGGGGCCCAGACCAGCCAGGCUAAGCCCCGUGCCCUGCACCCCAUGCCCACUCCCGGGCCCGGUGGACCACUCGGAGGACCUCCUGCUUCAGGCCCUCCAGCAGAGCUGCCUGGAGGACCAGCUGAUGGAAGCUGUGCAGCGGGUAGACCCAGGCCCUCCAGAGGUUUCUGGUCCAGAGCUCCCUACUGAGGAGAUGUACUUUCCGUGGGCUGUGGAGGUGGCCCCCAGCCCCAGGUCACAGCUCCAGGCCCAGAUGACAGGCCCAGCCCCAGAGACCUGGCAGCUCCCUCUGGAGGCGGAGCCAUGCACUGCACCCACCCUGAGCACCUGCACCCAGAUGGGGGGGCCCCCCUGCCCGGCACUCCAGCCUCACGCAGAUCAUGGCCUGGGGGCCCUGCACGUGACCAUCCUGUACAAGGGCCGGACAGUGCUGCAGCAGGUGGUCGGGCGCCCGAGCUGCGUGUUCCUGUACGGGCCCCCGGGCCCCUCGGCUCAGGCCUUGGCGCCGCAGCUGGUGGCCUUCCCCAGCCCAGCGGAGCUCCCGGACCAGAAGCAGCUGCAGUACACGGAGAAGCUGCUGCAGCACGUGGCCCCGGGCCUGCAGCUCGAGCUGCGGGGGUCUGAGCUGUGGGCCCGGCGUGGGGGCAAGUGUAAGGUCUACUGGGAGGUGGGCAGCCCCCUGGGCUCCGACAGCCCCUCCAGCCCCGCGCGCCUGCUGCAGAGGAACUGCGACACCCCCAUCUUCGACUUCGGCACCUUCUUCAAAGAGCUGGUGGAAUUCCGGGAUCGCCGGCGCCAGGGAUCCCCACACUACACCAUCUACCUGGGCUUUGGACAGGACCUGUCGACCGGGAGGCCCAAGGAGAGGAGCCUGGUCCUGGUGAAGCUGGAGCCCUGGCUGUGCCGCAUGUACCUGGAGGGCGCCCAACGCGAAGGUGCGUCUUCCCUGGACAGCAGCAGCCUCACUCUCUGCCUGUCCAGCUUCAACAGCCUGUUCGAGGACCUGGAGCACUACCUGAUGGAGGUGGAGCAGGCAGCCUAGGCCGGGCCCCUCCCCGGUGCAAUAAAGAGAACCAAGAACUGG